GCUUCUGUUCUCUUACAUAGACCUGUUCCUCGUGUUCUCGUGUAUGAUCGUAUAAAUUCAUAAAAAGUAGAAAUUACAAUGGGUCGCAAAAUAAAUUUUGCUGAAAAACCCAAGAAGGGACCAGGCAAGAAGUCUAGAAAACAAAAGGAUCCGGUUUUCUCUAAAGAACUUAAAGGUGAAGCAGAGCCUAAAAAAUUUUCACGUAAACAAAAAGUUCGAGCCAAGAAACGAAAGCAAUUCGAAGCAAAAGAAAUUCAAUUGAAAAGUAAAGUCGGGCAAACUAGUGUUGGUUUACAAAAAUUCUCUAGCGAAAAAGACGGCGAGAAACAAAAUAGUAAAUCCGUGUCGGUUGAAAUUGAUUUACAAAAAGGCAAACAAAAGUAUGCCAAGGUAAUCGAAAAGAAAAAAUUAGCGGCGGAAGUAACGUCGGAGAACGUCGCUAAGCGCAAAAAGUUAGAUGUUUUUGAUAGUGAUUAUGAUUCCGAAAACGAUUCACCAGCACCUAAUACAACUAGGGAAAAUUUUCUACAUUCUGCAAGCGAAGAUGAUUCGUCGAAUGAUGAAGAAAUGAUGUCAAUUGAGCUGGCUUCGCAGAAACUUAAAAAACAAAAGGAAAGAGAUGACCGUUUGGCAGAAGAAGAAAUGUUUGAUAUAGCUGCUAACAAUGAAAGAUUCGAGUUUCCUAGUGAAGAAUUAAUUACGAAUAAUCUUCAAACGGUUUUUUCGCGAAUAAAAGAAGUUAUUGGCGUACUUGUAAAUUUUUCAUCAAAUCGAGAUCCCAAUCAUUCUAGAGCGGAUUAUAUAGAUUUGUUAUGUAAAGACCUUUGUAUUUAUUAUUCGUAUAAUGAAUUUUUCAUGCAACUGCUUAUAAAGCUGUUUCCGCCAAACCAGUUACUUGAGUUCCUGGAAGCUUCGGAAAUACAAAGACCGUUAACAGUUCGGACAAAUAGCCUUAAAAUACGCCGACGUGAUUUGGCACAGGCAAUGAUUAACCGUGGAGUGAAUUUGGAUCCAUUGGGAAAAUGGACAAAGGAAGGAUUGGUCGUGUAUUCGUCACAGGUUCCAUUAGGCGCUACCCCAGAAUACUUGUCUGGCUACUACAUGAUACAAGGUGCUUCCAGUAUGCUUCCUGUAAUUGCAUUAGCUCCCGAGGAAAAUGAACGCAUUUUAGAUCUUUGUGCAGCUCCUGGAGGCAAAAGUUCUCAUAUAGCAGCACUAAUGAAAAAUACAGGCGUACUCUUCGCAAACGACAUUAACAAAGAGAGACUGCAGGCAGUGGUAGGCAACUUUCAUCGGCUGGGUAUUCAAAAUGCUAUUGUAACUAACAUAGAUGGUACAAAAUACAAUCAAUUAAUGACCGGCUUUGAUAGGAUCUUGCUUGACGCACCUUGUACAGGUUCUGGAGUCAUUUCUAAGGAUCCUAGUGUUAAAACUACAAAAACUGAAGUUGACAUUCAACGGUGUUACAAUUUACAGCGAAAAUUAUUAUUAACUGCUAUCGACUGCCUUAGUGCAAAUUCGGACACCGGCGGUUUCUUAGUAUACUCUACUUGCUCGAUUCUUCCACAAGAAAAUGAAUGGGUUAUUAGUUAUGCUUUGAAAAAACGAAAUGUAAAGCUUGUUUCGACAGGCUUAGAUAUUGGUGUGGAGGGAUUUGUAAAUUUUGAUGGACAAAAAUAUCACCCCACUAUGAAAUUAACACGGAGGUUUUACCCUCACACAUAUAAUAUGGAUGGUUUUUUUGUAGCUAAAUUACAAAAGUUUUCUGAUGAGGUUCCUCUCAGUUAUCAAAGUACUGAAGAUAAUGAAAUGCACUCGGAAAAAGAUUUCGAAAAUCUUCCAAAAAAAAUUGACAAAAGAGAUUGGUUUUAUAAAGACAUUAUUGAAAAAAGAAAAAAAAUACGUAAAGAUUUAAAUCACACUGUUAAGAUAUUUGGUAAACCAGCAAAAAAUAAAAACUUCGAAGAAGGCUCGUCGGUUUACAAAACACAUCUAACAAAAAAGCAAAAUGAAACCUGUACAAAAUAGUGAUUAUUAUAAGAGUCAAACAAGCGUACCAAAAAUAUGCAAGAAAAAAAUUUGUGUU